AAUUUCCUGAUAUGGUAAAAGCUGAAAUGCGAUUUACUAAUAGGUUAGUACAACAGAACUUAAAUCAAAAUAUUUUAUUGAAUCCAACAGAUAAUGAUUCAGGCGAAGACAAAGAAGCAUUAAUGGAUAGUGAUAAAGGGAUUGAUAGCGAUGAAAUUGAUAGCGAUGAAACUGACAAUGAAGAAAUAAGCAGUGAAGA